ACACCGGAAUUAUGUGACAGACGGAACACAAUAUUUGUGGAAGUGUUGCUGGUUUUGUUUCUCGGAAAGCGUUCGACUAGUUGUAAUCAAGACUCUCAUUCAGGAUGGCAGUAAGUGCCGUUCAUUUGGAAUCGGAUGCGUUUUUGGUUUGUCUUAAUCACGCACUGAGCACCGAGAAGGAGGAAGUUAUGGGGCUUUGCAUCGGGGAGGUUGACACCAGUAGGAUAGUCCAUAUUCAUUCAGUUAUUAUCUUGCGCCGUUCUGAUAAGAGGAAAGACCGUGUGGAAAUCUCUCCAGAGCAGCUUUCGGCAGCCUCUACAGAGGCUGAGAGGCUGGCGGAAAUGACUGGAAGGCCAAUGAGAGUUGUGGGAUGGUACCAUUCCCACCCUCAUAUAACCGUAUGGCCGUCACAUGUAGAUGUUCGCACUCAGGCAAUGUACCAAAUGAUGGAUCAAGGAUUUGUUGGACUUAUUUUCUCAUGUUUUAUUGAAGAUAAGAAUACAAAGACUGGACGGAUACUCUAUACAUGUUUUCAGUCAGUACAGGCACAGAAGGGUUCUGAGUACGAGAGAGUUGAGAUCCCAAUUCAUGUAGUUCCUCAUGAAACAAUUGGGAAAGUGUGCCUGGAAUCGGCUGUAGAACUACCUAAGAUCCUUUGUCAGGAGGAGCAAGAUGCUUACAGGAGGAUUCACAACCUGACUCAUCUGGAUCCAGUAACAAAAAUUCAUAAUGGCUCUGUCUUUACCAAAAAUCUGUGUAGCCAAAUGUCAGCCAUUAGUGGACCACUGCUACAAUGGCUUGAAGACAGAUUGGACCAGAAUAAACAGCGCAUAAGUGAACUACAGCAGGAGAAAAAGAGGCUAACACAAGAAUUGGCAGAACUGGAUUGAGAACAUUAAAAGAGCUGACCUGUAUAUUUGUAACUACAUUUGAAAAAAAAUGGAUGAAGAGGAAGUGAAAUACGGUGCGGCCCUUUUCAAGGAAAAUGCAGAAUAACCAAGAAUGGCACCACUUUUCGUGAGCCAAGCUGUAUGUGCUUUUUAAGUGACCCUUAAUGGACGCAGUUUUCUCAUUUGGCCCUGGUGUGCUGUUACUUUUUUGUAUUUAUGUUGGAUGAUUUGAAAUGUGUGAGACCUGGAAUAUUUAAAAACAGUUUGUUAUUAGAAAUACCCUUUGUUCAUGCAUAAACCUAUCAAUUUAAUCUUACCAAUUUUAAUGUAAAUCAGAAUCACUAAAAUGUGUAUUUAAGUCAAGAACCCUAGGUAAAUGGUAUAAUUUUUAAUUUGUUAAAUUCAGUUUUCUUAUAUUUUAAUCUUUAACUAUAUCUAAUACUUAAGAGCUGGAUUCAAAGUCAAAGUUGCUGCAGAUUUUCAUUCCACGUAUUUAUGUUUUGUUAAAGUAUUUCUUCAUAACCAGUUUAGGUAUUGAACGCAUUUUAUAAAGGAUAUUCUUGUUAAGUGUUUUUUUUUUUUUUUUUUUUAAAUACAGGUUUUUGAUACUAAUGACUAUAUCCAGGGUAUAGUAAGGCACACAAGGCCAUUUUAGCUACACAUAAGCAGCCUGCUUAUUCUUACUAAACUGUUAAAUUUAAAAAGUUUUGGUGAACGAUAUGAUUGUAUCUUCUCCAAUCAAAAAGACCGAAGCAAGCACUUUCAAUAAAUCCUUUGAAAACUUUGUAAA